AAGAUGCUGUGUCCUGCGUGGUUAUUGGCUGUGGCCGUGGUGGGCGUGGUCAGAGGGGUGAAAGGUCAGUGCUGGGAGAACCCUCGCUGUUAUGACCUCAGCUCUGAAAACAACAUCCUGGAGUGUAUCCAGCUCUGUCGUUCUGACCUCACCGCCAAAUCUCCCAUCUACCCCGUCAAGGUGCAUCUCCAACCCCCGUCCCCCUCUGACUCUGACUCUCCUCCCCCCUACUUACCUCUGUCGCUCCUCUCCCCAUCCUCCCCCCUGUACCCCUCGGAGCAGCAGAACAGCGCCCCCCYRCAGGCYAAGCGUUCCUACUCCAUGGAACACUUCCGCUGGGGGAARCCUGUGGGCCGUAAGCGCCGGCCGGUGAAGGUCUACACCAACGGUGUGGAGGAGGAGUCCUCCGAGGCCUUUCCCAGCGAGAUGAGACGAGAGCUGGGCACCGACGAUGGCAUGUACCCCUCCCUGGAGGCUGGGACUGAGGAGGGGGGCGAGGCAGAGGGCCUGGGGGGGGUGUUUAGUCUUCAGGAGAAGAAAGACGGCUCGUACAAGAUGAACCACUUCCGCUGGAACGGACCGCCCGCCAGUAAGCGCUAUGGAGGGUUCAUGAAAAGCUGGGACGARCGYAGYCAGAAACCACUGCUCACACUGUUCAAAAACGUCAUUAUCAAAGACGGACAGCAGAAGAGAGAGCAGUGAGGGAGGGAGGAAAAAGGGAGGGAGGAAGAYAAGAGGGCAUUGGGGGAGAGGAAAUACAAUUUCCAGGGUUGAGGGAGGAAGAGAAAGUCACUGUAGGACUUAGAGCCAGUAAGCUCUCAUUUGAUUUGCCAUUAGGAGACAGACAUGUUUUGUGAUUGGCUAAAAGCACUGUCCUCUGAUGUAGCGAUGAUGUUAGCUAAUACUGUAAUUUUGUCUCCAAUAAAUCCUAACUCUGUACAGAA